GGUAGCGGAAGUAGUAAAGCCUCCCCUGAGCGAGGGGCGCCAGUCCGUACGCUGGCUGGUGGGAUGGCGGACGAGGAAGAGGACCCCACUUUUGAGGAAGAAAAUGAAGAAAUUGGAGGAGGUGCAGAAGGUGGACAGGGUAAAAGAAAGAGGCUUUUUUCUAAAGAAUUGCGAUGUAUGAUGUAUGGGUUUGGGGACGACCAGAACCCUUACACUGAGUCGGUGGAUAUUCUCGAAGACCUCGUUAUAGAAUUCAUCACUGAAAUGACUCACAAGGCAAUGUCAAUUGGAAGACAAGGGCGGGUACAAGUUGAAGAUAUUGUCUUCCUGAUUCGAAAGGAUCCAAGGAAGUUUGCUAGAGUUAAAGACUUGCUCACUAUGAAUGAAGAAUUGAAGCGAGCUAGAAAAGCAUUUGAUGAAGCAAACUAUGGAUCUUGAUGACUUUUCUACUUUCUGAAGCUUCAUUAUCUUCUGGAGAGACAAAUAAUCAUAUGUUUUACAUAGUAAGGUUCUGACAACUAGCCAUGUAAGUGAAAGAUGGAGAAGCACAAAGUUUCCCACCUUUAUUUUCAUAUUUUCUAUUUUAGAGUGAUAGUUGAGCCUUUAACUGCCUGCCAUGAUACUACCGCACCUGACUGACUUACUGGGUUUUAAUGACCAUGUGUAAUUUCAAGGACCUUGCAAACCAUGUAGAACUGUCUGACUUUUGAUUGUCUAAACAAUGAAGUAGUACUUCUGUAUUAGGUGUAUUUGUGCCAUUGUAGGCUAUGCUGUUUAAUAUGUAAAGUCUAAAUGGCACCUUUGACUUUAUGAGAGCUAAGACAUGAUAACUAAAGCUCCAACGUUUUUAGACUACAAUAGUCUGAGAGGUAAUUAAAAGGCAGUGAAAUGGUUUGUGUUUCUUUUAAGAAGAUGAUAGAAGAAUAUACAGUCUUUUAUAGGAGUGUUUAUCUGUCUUAACGUAAUAAUUUGUUUUAAUAUUUUUUCCUUUUGAUAAAGAGAGUGAUGGGGGAAGGAGAAACUAAAAAUUUCAUGAAUGCUUCUGUGUUGAAGCCUUUUUGAUUUCAAACCUUUCGGGCUUAUGAUAUGCUAUUUGUCAAGUUUUAAGAGAACUUAUUUUCCCAGGUCAGAUUUCCCUUCUAAAUAAAAACAAAGGCUUUCAGUAGGAAUGCCAUUGCUUAAAAAGCUGAUGGCAGGAUAAGCAUUUGGGUAAUGUUUUAUAAACAUUUGAGUACUUGUUCAUUGCAGAAAUGUGUACUUGACUAAAACCAUAUGCGGCUAUGGAAACCACUUUUGUAGAUCAGGAUAUACAGGUUUUGUGUGUAUUUAGCUUAUUGUAUUAAAUUAUUAUUGUACUUAGCUUAAAAUAAGGAUUAAAAUUGCAUUUAGAGAGAUCAGUGAGUAUUACUUUUUGUGAAACUGAAUGUCUUGUGUGCCACUUCUAAACAUUAUAUAUCAGUACUUAGGAAAGUUUUACUUUCUUAACCUAUUGAUACAGAAUUAAAGUAUGAAAAAUUAAAAAAA